AUGGCCCCAUCCAACCAGAGCAGUGUUCAGCUCAUGACAAUCCAGAGCCAGGACGGGUCUUUGCACAACAUCCAAGUGGAAACACAAACCGCAUCCAAAGGCGCCGAUGAGAAGAGGAGGCGUAACGCUGGCGCAUCAGCACGUUUCCGUGCCAGAAGGAAGGAAAAAGAGCGCGAGGCUUCCAUGAGCAUAUCGAGAUUGGAACAGAGCGUCCGCGACUCGAACGAGGAUGCUGAGUAUUACCGUUCUGAGAGGGACUACUGGAGAUCGAUUGCCAUGCAAGCUCAUCCAGAACGCCACAUCACCCGACCGCCGUCGCCUCGGCUGAGGCGUGUUUCGGUAGCACCGUCACGCGCACCAUCUUCUACAACUGGACAUGGCUCAGAGGCUUCGUAUGACGACUACGAAGAGGAACUUCGCGAGGAAGAGCGCAACGUUCGAAGGAGAACCAGUAGCUACCAUCCAGCUGUUGGUCCUCACCACGCCGAGGCACCUUCCAGCCACGACUCACAUGGCUAUCCUGCAUCCACCUUUGCACCUGUAAAUCACUCUGCACAGCAUACUACCCAGCCUCAUCAGUAUCCACAGCACCAACAGGCGCAAACCACAGGUCCUCACCAUCCUGCGCCUAAACAAGCUGCUUACCGCGACUCUUUCCCACCUGAGGCUCGUCGAUACGAGCACCGUGCCUAG